AUGCACCAGAGCCCGGCGCACACCGCUAGUACGCACGGAACCUCGUGGUUCUCCAGUGGCACCCGCGCCUACGCCACUCCCUCGACCGAAGGCAAGAAGCGCGCUUCGUUCAAAGUCUGGACACGUCUUCUCGCCAACCUCACGGCCUACAUCUCGUCGUGCCUUCUGACGUCAACGGGGUUUGCACCCAACUCGUGCUCGCGCGCCGAGUGGAGCUUGCUCGCGACGCCCGCUGCGUGGGUCGCUACGGGCAACCAGCUCGCGCACCUCAUCGAUGUCCCUCCUGCAUCCACGCUCUAUGUCACAACGUGCGUCGUCGGCUGCAACGACAAGCUGUCGGCGGCGUCGGUCCAGCUGCUCGUAGGCUACAACAGUUAUCCUGAAUGCAACCCGACGCACGGCGGCCAACCCAUCGCCGGCAUGGUUCUUCUCGAAGGCGCCACUGUCGACAGUGUCUACCCCCACGGCGCGUACCUCUUGACGGUCUUUGCAGACGCUGUCGUUGACAAGGUCGAACGAGUCCUCGUCGGCGUCGAUGGGAGCUCGCAGGCGUAUGCGGAUGGCGCCAACUCCAUUGUGCACUCGACACCGCUCGGUGCGCACUAUGGCAUCGAAGCGUCGUGCACAGCGCAUAUCGUCGAUGUGUCGACAAAGGUGCAGGGCCAAGCCGGCUGGAGCUAUGGCAAGCAUUCGAAGAUCGCCGUCGUCACAGGCAAAGCGUGUGGACAUGUCGUCGCCAACGCGUUGGAGAUUGAAGUGUUGCUUGCGAUUUUGUUUGUUGUGACGCUCAUCGGGUGCUCGGCCGACAUCAUCACGACGCUCCAAGGCGUCCGCGGCGUCCUCCAGCAAAAACCAGUCCUCACCUACGACUUUAUUUCGAGCUUGGAGCGCCGACGAGGUCUCCACUUGGUCGGUAUGUGCAACAUGUACCCAGCGGCCAUCUAUCUUGAUGUCGGCCGGCUCUACGACGCGUCGUCGACGUACGGCGAGCUCGUGUGGUUUUGCGCCGUCGUCGUCGUCGCCAUGCUCUCAGCAUGGGGUAUGCUAUGGCUCAGCUUUUUCAUGUCGUCAAUUCCAAGUCCACGCGCAUUCCUGCGUUAUCGGCUGGUUCCCAUGUCUGCCUCGGUGCUUUUGUACGCCGGUCUCCUGGCACUCUUCUUUGAUCUGCUACCUCGGCACGAGACAAUGCACAAAAGUAUGAUGACCUCCAUCACCAACACCCUCACAUUGCACAUCGACGGGCGAGACUGUCCGUGCGGUGCCUUUGCUACGAUUGCGAUUGCCCCCGCGAUCAACGAAGUUUUACCAGCGAUCUUUGGGUGGCUCGCCGUCUGCUAUCUUGCGAGUGUGGUCUAUGGCGUGUGCAAGCUUCGGCUCUUCAGCGGCAAGUGGCUCCUAGACGCCGCAUGGACCAAGGACAAUGUCUUUAUCAAGGUCUGUGGUGCACCGCAUUGGACGACGACACUGCCAUUUGACGCAGCUGACACGGUGCGUAUUGGCCAUCGGCUGUUCUGCAAGCCGAGCAUGGUAGCACGCUUGGGCUUUGUCGCGUUGACGGCCAAGCCAGCGGCCCGCCACGUGCUCACGGAAGCCAAAACGAAGAGCGACGAUGACGGUAUCUUUUACCUCGUAAGCGUCUACGACUUUCUUCCGGCGCUCUUGCCGCCCUACUGGCGCGUGUAUGCGCCCAAGAUCCUCGGACACAUCAAAAGCAACGACCUUCAGCCGCCCAGUUCACAUCGUCUCGCGCCGUCCAAACAGUUUACGUUUACGCGAGGGUCGUGCGUCGGGUAA